GACCCGUUGACCGCGCGCCGCCAGUACCGCUUAGUACCGCAGUCGCCGUUCUCAUCAUCAGUCCGACCGGGUCAGUCCAACGCACUCGACCGCCGCCGACCAGACGGAAACACCGGAACCAACAGCAACUGGUACGCGACGCGCGACCGAGGAACAUGGCCAAAGCCAAAGGGUGCGAAGCGUUUUUGUCGGAUUUGGAUCAAUUGCCGUGCAUUCAAAUCGGAGACUUCAAGCUUCGCUUAGAACUUGAUGACGACUUGUCACCAGAAUUGCAGAAUGUGGCCAUCGAACAACUCAGAGAAACGCCAGAACAGCAGGCCAAAUCGAUCGCCGAACUGAAAGCAUUACUCGAAGCGGACAAAGAUCUAAAAGCACCAAUAGACAACGAAGCGUGGCUGAUCCGUUUCCUCCGGCCAACGAAAUACUAUCCGGAAAGCGCAUACAAGUUGAUAAAACAAUAUUAUCAAUUCAAAGUGAAACACUCCAAUAUAUACAAAGAUCUUACGCCCAGGACUGAGAAAAACAUUUUCGAUCAUGACAUUCUGCACGUCCUACCCAAACGUGACCAAGGUGGCCGCAGGAUCUUGGUUAUUGAAUUAGGAAAAAAAUGGAAACACAAGAAGUGUUCGUUGGAUGAGGUGUACAAAGGCGCUGUGAUAUUCCUCGAAGCGGCUAUAAUGGAACCGGCCACUCAAGUAGCCGGAGCUCAAGUUAUUUUUGACAUGGACGGUUUGUCGUUACAACAGACCUGGCAAUUUAGCCCGCCGUUCGCCAAACGUAUCGUCGAUUGGCUUCAAGACUCUGUACCAGCGCGGGUCAAAGGAAUCCACAUCGUUAACCAACCGGUUAUAUUCAACGUGGUGUUCAACUUCUUCAAACCGUUCCUGAGGGAAAAACUACGGUCCCGGAUCAUUUUCCACGGCACCGACCGGGCGUCUUUGCACAAAUACCUGUACCAGCCGUGCCUUCCGGAAUCCUACGGCGGCACACUGGACGUACCUCGCAUUACCGGACCGCAGUGGUACGAACUCCUGAUGACCGUGACGAAAGAAUUCGAAGUUAUCAACAAGUACGGAUACAAACAAUGAUUCCAAUAAAAGCAACAAAUUCUGUCCUGCAAUGUACGCAUCAAGACAAAACAAGAGUUUAUCCCUCGUGCGAUGUCAAGAAUUGAAAAAAUAAAUAAAUAUUUUUAUUACUUUGGUGUCUGUCAAUCUUUAAAAAGAGAACCGCAUGUUUAUUUUUAUUUAUAUUAUAUCAAACAAAUAAAUUACUCUCGUCUUAAGUUUACCAAGUUUGACAACGACCUUAUAGGCCUAUGGAUUGCUGGUAACCAUAUAUAUAUAUAUGUAUAUAUAUUGUGCUUAGACAGAAAUAGCGCGUGUGUGGUACGUUGAACAACAUAGGUUCUCGUGGUGGUACUCCACCGUUAUAUAUCUAUACAUAAUUUUACAUGAUUAAUAUUUAUUUAUUCUUUUAUUUAUUAAACGAUUGUUUUAUCAAUACGAAUAUCUUUUAUUGUUAUACAGUACGAAUACGUAUACUGUAUGUUUUGUCUGUUCAAAUUAUAAACAUGUACUGACAUUUA